GCACGCCCCACCCCCUCUGCGUGUGUUGGUCAUUGUUCAGCUUGAGCAAGCUAACAUGCAACGUUAACAAACAAGUUAACUGUUUAUAGUUGCACUGAAUGCAUUGUCUUUUCCCAAAGAAGUGUUGAAAAUCCAUCAAAUCAGCAAUGAGCAAGAGGAAAGCACCGCAGGAAUCCCUAAAUGAGGGAAUAACAGACUUUCUUGUCGAGCUGGCCAAUUACGAGAAGAACGUUAACAGGGCAAUACACAAGUACAAUGCAUACAGGAAAGCAGCAUCCACCAUCGCCAAGUACCCUCACAAAAUCAAAAGCGGUGAGGAGGCUAAAAAACUGGAUGGUGUGGGAGCUAAAAUAGCAGAAAAGAUUGAUGAGUUCCUACAAACUGGUAAACUACGAAAGCUAGAAAAGAUUCGUAAUGAUGACACCAGUUCUUCCAUCAAUUUCCUCACUAGAGUCACUGGAAUUGGUCCUGCUGCUGCAAGGAAGUUUGUCGAGGAAGGAGUGAAGACCUUAGAAGACUUAAAAAAGGUCGAACACAAGUUAAACCAUCAUCAGCAGAUUGGACUCAAGUACUUUGAGGAAUUUGAAAAAAGGAUUCCAAGAGCUGAAAUGGAAAAAAUGGAGACACUAAUUCUUGGAGAGCUGAAGAAGAUAGAUGAUGCAUAUAUAGGGACAAUCUGCGGAAGCUACAGGAGAGGUGCUGCAUCGAGUGGUGAUAUUGAUAUUUUGUUGACCCACCCAAACUACACCUCUCAGACUGAGAAGCAACCCAAGCUGCUUCAUGCAGUGGUGGACCAUCUGGAGUCCAUCGGGUUUGUGACGGAUACGCUGUCCAAAGGGGACACCAAGUUCAUGGGAGUCUGCCAGCUUCACCACAGUGAUGAUGGUGAGGACGAGGAGGACGAGGAGGAAUACCUUCACAGACGUAUUGACAUUAGGUUAAUUCCCAAGGACCAGUACUACUGUGGUGUGUUGUAUUUCACUGGAAGCGACAUCUUCAAUAAAAACAUGCGAACCCAUGCUCUUGAGAAGGGCUUCACUCUUAAUGAGUACACUAUACGGCCACUUGGAGUCACCGGUGUGGCAGGGGAACCUCUGUUGGUGGACAGUGAGAGGGACAUCUUUGAGUACAUCCAGUACAGAUACAGAGAGCCGAAGGACCGCAGCGAGUGAAGAAAACCACAGCAUAGGCUCAAAGAAAAUAUAUGAAGCAUGUUGAAAACGUGCUCGUGUGUGUCCCACUCUGGAGUAUUCAAACUACUUCUGGACAUUUUGCGUCAGGUUCAACUAUUUAAAUCAACACAACAGUCGGCUUUUAAGUUUAAUGCUCCAUGGGUUGGAUUCUUUGAAAAGGCUUCCUGCUGCAUUUUAAAGCAGGGUUUUUUUUAACCAUGUGAGCAGUAAUUUAUAUGUACUGUGUAUUUAGUUUUUUAAUUGGUUAACCUAGAAAGGUUUACCUUUCCUAGAGAUGAGCUGUGUUGAUGUGUUUCAGUUCUUGUGUGUCCUAUGUGAACAACCACAGCCAUGCUCAUCAGAACAUUGUUCCUGUUGACUGAUUCCUUGAACACUGUCAGGAAGUUGGUACAUUUUCCUAGCAUAGCAGUAUGAAAAGAGUGUUUUUACUAUAGGAUCUGAAGAAUUAAAAACAAACUGUAAAUUUAAAUACGAUGCCAUUUUUACACCCAGCAUUUAUCAUGUUUAGGCAGGCUGAUGAAUUGGUUUGAUGAAUUAUUAUUGGAUUUAAAAGGUUGCAAAUAAGAAAUGGAAUGAUUGAGCUUUUUUGUUUGAGGUUUGAAUAUGUCUGUAAUGCUGAAUAUGUUGGGAUUGAUUGUGUGAUUGUGCAUGUUAGGUCCAGGGAGUACUUUUCAAACCAGGAGGCACAGUAUUUCAGCCAUCCUGGUUUGGGUGGAAUAAAUGGUUCUCCUGGUUAUACAGAGAAAACUGUAACUCCAAAUGGGCAGUUUAGCUUUUUAGGAUAUUCCUACUAUUGUGUAUGAGGGUCACUAUGAAUAAAGGGAUUUCCAAAAGUAA